AUGAAACAGGGAUCACCGGCAUCACCACCUCCACCAUCACCACCACAACCACCACCACCAACAGCAACAAAAAAUGUGAUCAAGCUUCAGAGCAGCUUAACUCCAUCACGGUUAAGACUUCCUUCCAAGUACAGAGAGCCUCCAAAGACUCCACCAGAGGUUGUCAAUGGGGUGGUGUCAACGCCAUCAAGGAGAGCCAAGUCUGUUACUCCAGAGUUGAAGCACAAUUCAAGGAUCAAAAGGGGUCUUCUGCUGAACAAGGCCAAACCCAAUGAGGAGGUUAUGGGAACCCAAAGGGGUAGAGAAGCUGAAGAGGCUAAGGUUGUGUCUCGUGUUGUGAGGCCUCAUGUUGUGGAACUGUUUGCUAGGCCAAGGAGUGCGGUUGGAAAUUUUGCUUUGAAGAGGGAUAAGGAGGACCAUGAUGGUAAGAGUAAGAAGGAAUUGACGGAGAAGCUUGAGGUGAGCGAGAGUUUGAUCAAGAAUCUGCAGUCUGAAGUGCUGGCUUUGAAGGCUGAGUUGGAAAAAGUUAAGAGCUUGAAUGUGGAGCUGGAGUCUGACAACAGAAAACUCACUGAGGAUCUUGCUGCUGCUGAAUCCAAGGUGGUAUCUUUCAGUGGAAGUGAAAAGAUGAAGGAGCCAAAUGGAGAACAUCAGAGCCCAAAGUUUAAACACAUUCAGAAACUCAUUGCUGACAAGUUAGAAAGGUCCAUAGUGAAAAAGGAAGCUAUUACUGAUGGAUGCUUUGUUAAAGCAUCAACUGCAGCACCAACAGCAAUUCCUACCAUUCCUGAAGCUACAACUACAAGGAUAGGAAGAAAACCUACACUAAAAGCAUGCCUGCCACCGCCUCCACCACCUCCACCACCGGCGCCACCAUCAAUCCCUUCUAGGCCUGUAGCAAAAGUGAGUAACACCCAAAGGGCCCCAGCAUUUGUGAAAUUAUUUCACUCAUUAAAGAAUCAAGAAGGGAUGGAAAACGCAACAGGAUCGGUUAAACAGAAUAAACCAGUUGCUGUAAAUGUACAUAGCAGCAUCGUUGGAGAAAUUCAAAACCGUUCUGCUCAUCUCUUAGCAAUAAGGGCAGACAUUAAAACAAAAGGAAAUUUCAUCAAUGACCUUAUUAAAAAGGUGGUAGAAGCGGCCUACACGGACAUUGAAGAUGUCUUAAAUUUUGUUAAUUGGCUUGAUGGUGAACUCUCAUCAUUGGCUGAUGAGCGUGCAGUCUUGAAGCAUUUUAAUUGGCCCGAGAGAAAAGCUGAUACCAUGCGUGAAGCUGCAGUCGAGUAUCGUGAACUCAAAUUGCUAGAACAAGAGAUUUCAUCCUUCAAAGAUGACCCAGAAAUUCCAUGUGGAGCUUCCUUGAGAAAGAUGGCCAGCCUAUUAGACAAGUCUGAGUGCAGCAUACAGAGGCUAAUCAAGUUGAGAAAUUCUGUAAUGCGCUCAUAUCAAGAAUACAAAAUUCCAACCGCUUGGAUGCUUGACUCAGGAAUCACAGCCAAGAUAAAGAAGGCUUCUAUGAUUCUGGUCAAGAUGUACAUGAAAAGAGUGACAAUGGAGCUUGGAUCUGCUCGAAACUCAGACAGACAAUCCAGUCAAGAAUCCCUUCUCCUUCAGGGAAUGCAUUUUGCAUAUAGAGCUCAUCAGUUUGCUGGAGGUCUGGAUGCAGAAACUUUGUGUGCUUUUGAAGAGAUAAGGCAACACGUACCAGGACACUUAGCAGGGUCCCGAGAACUUUUGGCUGGCAUAGCCUCAUCUUGA